CAAGGCCACGCGGCGGGGCCUUGCCUUCCUUUUUCCGCCAUCUUGGACCCUGUGGAGGCCUGCUGGGAACAGGACUUCUAUAAGGACAAGUAUGUCUGGAAGGCUGUGGUCCAAGGCCAUUUUUGCUGGCUAUAAGCGGGGUCUCCGGAACCAGAGGGAGCACACAGCUCUUCUUAAAAUUGAAGGUGUUUAUGCUCGAGAUGAAACAGAAUUCUAUCUAGGCAAGAGAUGUGCUUAUGUGUACAAAGCAAAGAACAAUACAGUGACUCCUGGUGGCAAACCAAACAAAACCAGAGUAAUCUGGGGAAAGGUAACUCGUGCUCAUGGAAACAGUGGAAUGGUUCGUGCUAAAUUCCGAAGCAACCUUCCUGCUAAGGCUAUUGGACACAGAAUCCGUGUAAUGCUGUACCCCUCAAGGAUUUAAACUUACUGAAAAUAAAUAAAAUGGAUUUGUUUUCCUGUGUUUUGGUCAAA